UCGCGUGCGCACGCGCAGAGGGCCGCAGGAUCCUUGGUGCUGUGGCGGUGUGGUUGAGUAGGGUGCUGCUUUCAGUCGUGUGGCCUUUGGGAACUCCGCGUAGCCACUGCCGCCUCCUCCUGUCCUCGCCAUGUUCCUCACUCGGUCCGAGUACGACAGGGGUGUGAACACUUUUUCUCCUGAAGGAAGAUUAUUUCAAGUGGAAUAUGCCAUUGAGGCCAUCAAGCUUGGUUCUACGGCCAUUGGCAUCCAGACAUCAGAGGGUGUAUGUCUAGCUGUGGAGAAGAGAAUUACCUCGCCACUAAUGGAGCCUAGCAGCAUUGAGAAAAUCGUAGAGAUUGAUGCUCAUAUAGGUUGUGCCAUGAGUGGGCUAAUUGCUGAUGCUAAAACUUUAAUUGAUAAAGCCAGAGUGGAGACACAGAACCACUGGUUCACCUAUAAUGAGACAAUGACAGUUGAGAGUGUGACCCAGGCUGUGUCCAAUCUGGCUUUGCAGUUCGGAGAAGAAGAUGCAGAUCCAGGUGCUAUGUCUCGUCCCUUUGGAGUAGCAUUGUUGUUUGGAGGAGUUGAUGAGAAAGGGCCCCAACUGUUUCACAUGGACCCAUCUGGGACCUUCGUACAGUGUGAUGCUCGAGCAAUUGGUUCUGCGUCAGAGGGUGCCCAGAGCUCCUUGCAGGAAGUUUACCACAAGUCUAUGACUCUGAAGGAGGCCAUCAAGUCUUCACUCAUCAUCCUCAAGCAAGUCAUGGAGGAGAAGCUGAACGCAACUAACAUCGAGGUACUGUUUCCUGCCUCAUGCCCAUUGCUAAAGACUGAUUGCAUCAAGAAAACAUAUUUUGCCUGCUCUGUUUUUAGGUCAUUGAUAGCAUUUGUAUCCUAAUCAGUGCUCGUGAAGUGGUGAUGGUGGGGGCCAGAGUGCAGUGCAUUUAAGAAUGAAGGAAAGGACUGAGUGUGCGUCUUUCUUAGGAUUGAUUAAACACAGCACUAAAGAAACAAAAUACAUGUGAUCAGUUUUGUUGUGGGCAGUUUGCCAGAUGCAGGGAAAGAGCAUAGGAAAUCCUGUCCCUAAGUGCUGCUGAUGAGGGCGUGGGUGGGAUGUGAGUGCAGUAAGAACAGCUUCCGUGUGAACCCAGGCCUAAGGAGGGUGUGAGGAAGCUUCCUGGAGGAGCUGCUAUCUGGAGGAGGGAGCCAGAGCAUACCCCAGGAGAGGAGAACAAUAGCAUUGCAAAGGAUCAAAGGACUGGGUGGGCUCAACAGUAGGGGGCUCCCUAGUGCUAGGCCCUGGGUUCUCUCCAAAGUCAAACAGGAUUUUUCUCUCUUUGCUUGUGGAAUGGGGGUGUGGCAAAUAAUAAAAAUUGGAAAGGCAUGGGUUGGAUUCUGAUGUUGUUAUUUAUGGUGUUAACAGUAGAUAGAAAAGGAGACAAUGAUGAGUACACACAUGGGUUUUGAAAUAAAUAGGAAAAGAUGUAUUUGCCUAGAGAUUGUUGGGUCAUUUGCUGAGUGGGUCAGUGUAAGUAUGAAAUUAAGGAGAGUGGGAAUAUCGAGGUACAAAGCAUUACAGGUAGGAAAAGGGGAGAUAGGAAUGAGGGAAACGAUUGCUGGACUACACUUAAAUAUUAGCUCAGGCUAGAGUAGCAGGUACCCUGGGAGACAUAACAUAUAUGAAUAUUUCUGCUUUAAAGAAAGUUUAAAAAGCAGGCUCUUAUGACUGAUGCUGUAGUCACAGCAUUAAUAACACAACAUUGUGUGUUAACUAAAGCACAUCAGCCCCCCCGGGAUGCUUGUUGGGUUGAGUGGUCAACUGAUCCCUGAUGAGCAGCUGAUUAGCUGGAGGCCACUUUGUUGCUUUCACAGACUGCCAUAAAGGGGAAGUUGGGUACUAGAAAUGGAGUCCACCAGAAGGUGAGGGGCCAGCUGUCAUUGAGCAGAAGUACGAAGGAGCUUUAAUUUAGCAUGGAAGGGAGGUUGUAUGUGUGCCUUUUGUCUUAAUUUUGACUCAGUGUAUCUUGAAGUUCUCCCAGUUGUACUAGUUGUCUCUUUACUGCUGUGGGGAUCCUUGGUGGUUUUAAAAUUUACAUUUUAAGAUUCUCCCUCUUGCUAGUCUCUCAGAUGUGAGAUCCAAUAACUAAUGAUGAUCUGAUGGUCUUGGUUCUGGAUGGGAGCUUCUUGGCCCCUCAACAGAAGGCAGAAGUCAGCUCCUGGUUUCACAGUGAAGGCCUGAGGCUACAGGGAUAGUUCUUUGUUCUGUCAGUGUAGAGUCUGCCUGGUCUGGGCUCAGUGUACUCAGUGACUUACCGAGUGACAGUCUCCUUCCUCUUCACUGCAGUGAGCUCUUACUGCAGGCUCCUCAGCCCUGAGAGCCUUUGGAAAGGAGGCCUGAGACUUAAAGCUUCAAAUGGGCAUCAUAAUGUCAGCUGUGUGAGAGCUAAAGAAAAAAUGACCUCAGCCUUGUAAUGACAGCACCUGAGGCAAAGAAGAGUGAUCCAAAAUUCCUGUCCAGUCCAGUCCAGUCCAGUCUGUGUAGCAAAUUCCAGGUUGGCCAGGAAUAUAGUAAGACCCUGUUUCCAAAAACAACAGAAAGUUUUCCAUUGAGUGUAUGUCCUGUCUUUUUAUAGACAUCGUCUUUGACGCAUAGUUUAUACAGGUAGCAUCAGCCCCCUUAGAUAUGCAAUCAGUGAGCUUGACAGCUGUAACUGCCACGGAGGUGAAGAUAGAAGCAUUUUUAACCCCUCUCCAGAGUGCCCUCCAGCCUUACUGUAGUCAUCCCAGUAUUGACCUCCACUCUUAGAACUGUAGGUUUGUUUUGCAUUCUAGAAUUUCAUACAAGCGUGGUUGCUUAAUGUGUGCUUCUUUGCGCCUUAAUUGGCAUAAUUUUGAAGUUCACCUGGUCAUAUCAGUGCCUCUUAGAUUUUACUGCUGUGGGUGGGAUUCCUUAGAGCCUGCUUUUUAAUGUCUAUUGUUAGGAGUUUUUCCAAACAAGAGCUGUAUUCAGUAUCUUUUUUUCUCCUUAUUUAUUUCUUAGUCAUUACCAUUUAUUUCUGGUUUUUAAUUCUUGAGACUGCUCCUGGCUGUGGUAACUCCAGCUUCUCAUGGCUUUCUGACCAACUCUAGAACUACCAUUUGACUAUCUAACAUUGUCACUCCUGCUUGACAGUCCUAAAUUAAAACCAUUUUUUUUCCCAGAAAAACCAUUUCUUCUCUUAAUACAUAUAUAUAUGUAUAUAUAAAGAUUUAUUUAUAUGAGCACACUGUAGCUGUCUUCAGACACAGUAGAAGAGGAAUCAGAUCCUAUUACAGAUGGUUGUGGUUGCUGGGAAUUGAACUCAAAAUCUCUAGAAGAGCAGAGCCAUCUCUCCAGCCUCUCCUAAUACUUCUAAUCCUGGUGGGUAACACCAGCUCACGCACUUGUCAUUCAUAUCAGAACCUACAAGACUUUGGCCCUUUGUAACCAAAUUAGUUUCUAUUGCCUUAUAUGAACCGUGUUGGUGUUUCUUCUCCACUGUGGUGUGUAGCGCUUUCUCUGCUUAAUGACUGGUGUAUGGUUGAGCUUUGUUUCCAGGUCUAUUUUAUUUUAAGCCCUGGGUGUUUUGUUUAUUCGUUGAUUUUUCGAGUCCAGGUUUCUCUGUGUAGCCUUGACUGUUCUGGACAUGCUUUAGACCAGGCUGGUCUCGAGCUCAGAGAUCCUCCUCCUUCUGCCUCCCAAAUGCUAGGAUUAAAGGCAUGUGCCACUGUGUUUGGCUAUUUUGUUUUUAUAGAAUCUUGUUAAGUGGGCCAGACUGUCCUGAAAUUCUGUGUAGCUCAGGCUAGUCAAAGUUACUGACCUCCGGACUCAGUAGCCUAGUAACUGAGUUUAUAGAUGUGUUCCACCGCAGCUGAGGCUCUGUACUUUAAAUGGCUGUAAUGUAUACACUGCAUGAGAUGUGAGCCGAUCCUCUUCGCCUCAUCUUCUGUUCCACCUGUCCUUACAGGUUACCUUGUCACGGUCUGUCCAGUUAAUACACACCGCAUAAAUCCUUUCUUUUCUGACUCUCUGAACACUCAGGGUUCCUGUUGUAACAGUAGGUGACAUUGGAAGCCUCUGGCACCGAGGACCCUCGGUGAGUGAAUAGGAGGAGGGCUUUAUCUGGAGUCCGGUUUUCUAGCACCUGCAACUAGUCCACACAUGGAUUAUUGAUGAGCGAGAGAAAGCAUCUGUGUAUCUGCUUCCUGGAGGUUUUUUGAACCUAAAGUGAAGUAAAUAGAAAGGAUUCUUAUUCAUUAUGUAAAUGCAUAUCAUUAUGCGAACGAUAUGGAUUAUUUUUACUUGCGAACUGAUGAGUAACUUCCUGAAGGCAGCACAGGGUUCAGAACCUGUUAGUAGUCAUUUGCCCCUGCUUCUGAAGGAUCUUCUUAUUCGGUUUGCCCAGAUUCUGUUUUUAUUCCCUGUAAUCCUUUGGAGGAUGACCCCUGGGACAUGAGUGACCCCACAAAACAGCCUCGUAGUGUUGAUUUCAUUUGUCAUGCCGCAUCUCUGUCCUCACCGACACUGCUCAGGCACAGCUCUACCUUAAGAGAAGUGGCAGUGCUAUUUGUAUGUGUGGUUCCCUAUAAUAGAACUCAUAGGCUCCAGAGACUAGAGCACAUUGCCUAAUACAGGUUUCUAAAGUAUUUUUGAAAUUCUUCUGGCAUUUUGUGUAAUUAGAUAUAUCUUUUGGGAGAAUCUACUAGACAGGCUUUGUGAAGAAGGCAGUUAUUUUAAUCUUUUCCCAGACCAGUUUAUUAGAUGUCUUCACCUGCCUGCCCCCAAAUUUUAUUUACUUACUUAAAAAGAAUAAUAAUUGUAGACUAGAUUGUGAUAAUUUUGUCUGCUAACUUUCAAAGUAACCCUAUUUUUAAAUGCUGUAGAGUGAGGCUGGGAGCUAGCUUAGUAAAACAGUUAGAGAGAUCUGAGUUUGAUUUUUCAGAAUCCAUGUAAAAAUGCCAGGCCCGAUUGUGUGUGCUUGUAAUCCCAGUGUUUGGGAAGUAGAGAUAGGUGGUUCCCAGAGGCCUGACAGACAGACAGACCGACAGACACUCUAGCCUACUUGGUGCGUUCCCAAGUGUUAAACAUCUGGGCAAAACAAGGUAGACAGCACCCAAGGAACAACAGGCUGCUCUGGCCUCCCUCUGCACCUAAACAUAUGAACACACAUGUUCACACAUACAAAGUACACUGUGUAGAAUUUAAGAUUAAAAAUAACAAAAUGAAAGAAAAAAAGAGAGACACAAGCAGACAGACCUGGAAAGAUGGCUUAGCAGUUAAGAGCAAGACCAUUGCAGAGAACAGGUUGUUCCCAGGAGCUGUGUAAUGGCUUACAACUGCCUGUAACUCCACUCUCAGGCAGUCUGACACUGUCUUCUGGCCACCAGGCUCCUACACACAUGGGGUGCACAUAAAAUCAUGCAGGCCCACACACAUUCACAUACAUUUUAAAAAAAUCUUUUUUUAAUUAAACAAGUACCAAAAUUGGUUAAGUCAAAGUAAUGCCUGUUUGUCAGGGUGGCUCCUAAACAUGAGAUUUUGUGCUGUGCAGGGAUGGUGUGUGUGUGUGUGUGUGUGUGUGUGUGUGUGUGUGUGUGUGUGUGUGUGUGUACACGCAUGUGUUUGUGCGAGUGUGCGUGCUUAUGCUGGUGUUGAUCUGACCUGGUGUGUGUGUGUGUGUGUGUGUGUGUACACGCAUGUGUUUGUGCGAGUGUGCGCGCUUACACUGGUGUUGAUCUGGCCUGCCGGCUGCUGGUUAUUUCUGAUACUCAGUGCUUUCCCAUUGUACUGCUACUGGAUUCUCUUCAUUCUUCCCUAAACCUAAAUUACAGGGUUUUUUGUCGUUUUGGGGUUUUUUGGUUUUUUUUUUUUUUUUUUUUUGGUUGUUGUUGUUAGGUUGCCACAGAUACAGCUGUAGAGAAAAUACCCAACAAUGAUAGCUAACAAUUAUUUGUUCCUUACUGAUAUCCUAGGCACUUUGCAUGAUUCAUGUUCAAUCCUUACUGCUACUCUGGAUAUUUAAGUGAGGAAAUAGUGACACAGGAUGGACAAGUAACUCAUAGUCACACAAGUUCAUUUUGGAAGUUGAUAAAUAUGCUUUAAAUAUAUUUCUUUGAGGCUGGGAAUAUAGCUCAGUAGGAGGGUACUUGCCUAGUACAUGUUGGAUCCUAAGUACAAUUUCUGUAUUCAGGGUGUGUGUGUAUGUAUGUGUGUACACAUUUAUUUUCUCUGUAUGGUGUGUAUAAGGGCAGGCAGACAUAACACAGCAUGUUUGUGGAGAGCAGAGAAAAACUCAUUAAGAUUCAGUUCGGUCCUUCCACAGCAGGAUCUGAGGUCCAGAUUCAUGUAGUCAGGGGCGGGUAACAGGUGUCUUCACUUCCUGAACCAUCCUGAGGGCUGGGUCCUACUUUAAAUAUUCUCCUAGAGGCUGGAGAGAUUGCUCAGUGGUUAAGAAUAUUAGAGGUCGGGGCUGGGGAUUUAGCUCAGUGGUAGAGCACUUACCUAGGAAGCGCAAGGCCCUGGGUUCGGUCCCCAGCUCCGAAAAAAAAGAACCAAAAAAAAAAAAAAAGAAUAUUAGAGGUCCUGAGUUCAAUUCCCAGCACCCACAUGUAAACUCAACCACCUGUAAUGGGAUCUGAUGCGUGCAGACAGAGCCCUCAUGUAAAUGAAAUACAGAAAUCUGUGUGUGUGUGUGUGUGUGUGUGUGUGUGUGUGUGUGCUUUGCUGCUGCUUUGCGAGCUUAUUGAAGUAAAAAGCAACAGUGAUGUCAGUUUGACUGUCACAUGGUGGAGUAACCUUAAAAUAGGAAAAUUGGCCCAUAAGACUUUUUAUUGAGUCAGGUAUUUUAGGGCCCUGCUUGCCUGUGAAGGAUAUCCUCAGACAGCAGAUCCUUAGACCCUCAGAAACAGCUGCAAGGACCCCAGCCAAGCUUAUUAACCCCUUUCUGUCUCUCCGCAGCUGGCCACAGUGCAGCCUGGUCAGAAUUU